AUGCCGCUUUGGAGAGGAAAAAGCAACAAUUACAAAAACAGGUUUAAUGCCAAAGAAACAGGGGAUUUGAUGCGUCAACCGAAUGACUGGGAUCCUUGCCCCGGCAUUUGGUUCUCGAGAUCAACUCCUAAAUUUGCUUUUAUGGCAUGGCUGGCGGCGAAAAACAGACUCGCAACAGGAACUCUUAUGCAACAAUGGAAUGGAAACAUUGACACUAGUUGCUCGUUCUGCGAUGAAAAAUUAGAAAGCAGAGAACAUCUCUUCUUUGCCUGUCUUUACACAAAAGCGAUCUGGGAAGAACUGGUUGGAGACUUUAUGGGAACUGAUUUCACAUCGACAUGGUCGGAGCUGAUAGUCUUUAUUACACAGCCUCUGCAUAAUGCAGUUUUUUCCUUCAUUCUGCGGUAUAUUUUUCAAGCCACUAUCCAUACUAUUUGGUGCGAAAGAAAUCAUCGCAGACAUAGAGAAAAGAUAACGCCGAAGAAGCUUCUAGUAAAGAGGAUUGACAUCAUAAUGAAGAACAGACUAAGCACUCUGAAAACAAAUAGUGCAAGGCAAUUUGAAGAUGGUCUUUGCAUCUGGUUUGCUACAAGAAGGAACCCACCACCCGUUUAA